UCGACGUCCCGACGCACAUUCGAAAUACGAACGACUCUGCCAGCACUGUCAGGCGGCGACGGCACGCGGAUUUCGACGGUGAAAUAUCAUUUUUCGACGGCCCAGUGCAUCCGCGAAUUGACCGAACAGGACACGGUACAGGAAGGAACAGACCGAACGCUAUAAAGAUGGCUUCUUCCUCUGUGGCGAGGGCUUCCAAAUACUCCUACAGGUCCUCCGGUACGGCCGGAGCGGCUGACGUCAGCAUCGAGUACAGCGCCGAUUUGACGGCGCUAUCCAGGCUCGAGGACAAAAUCCGCCUCCUGCAGGAUGAUCUCGAAAUCGAAAGAGAACUCAGAUCCAGAAUCGAACGAGAAAAAGCUGAUCUCAGCGUCCAAGUGAUCCAAUUGUCCGAACGUUUAGAAGAAGCUGAAGGUGGAGCUGAAUCCCAGUUCGAAGUAAACAAAAAACGCGACACCGAGUUAUUGAAGUUGCGUAAACUGUUGGAAGAUGUCCAUUUGGAAUCCGAAGAAACAGCGGCAAUUUUGAAAAGGAAGCACCAGGAAAUCGUGGUCGAUUUCCAGGAGCAAAUCGACUCUUUGGCCAAGGCUAAAACAAGGGCCGAAAAGGAGAAGGGCAAAUUCCAAAGCGAAAUCUACGAGCUGCUCGCCCAAGUGGAAAGCGUCACCAAGGAGCGUUUGAUCGCCGUCAAGCACGUAGAGAGACUAGAAGUCACCGUCAACGAGCUCAACAUCAGAAUCGAAGAGCUCAAUCGCACCAUCGUCGACAUCACGUCGCACAAGACCCGCCUCUCCCAGGAGAACCUCGAACUCACCAAGGAGGUGCAGGACCUCAAGGUCAACAUCGAAAACGCCAUCUACCUCAAAUCCCAACUCGCCGGCCAGCUAGAGGACGCCCGUCGACGCGCCGAAGAUGACGAAAGAAGACGCUCGAUCUUGGAGGCCAAUCUCCACCAAGUGGAAGUGGAAUUGGAAUCCAUCCGCAUCCAACUCGAAGAAGAAAGCGAAGCCCGUCUGGACCUCGAGCGCCAGCUGGUCAAGUCCCAAGGCGAGGUGCAAAUCUGGCGGUCGAAAUUCGAAACCGAAGCCGCCGCUCGCGCCGAAGAAGUGGAAGAGCUCCGCCGCAAGUUCAGCGCCCGAAUCCAGGAACAGGAGGAGCACAUCGAAUCGCUCCUGGUGAAAUGCAACAAUCUGGAGAAGCAGAAAUCCCGGUUGCAGAGCGAAGUCGAGGUGCUCAUCAUCGACUUGGAGAAGGCCAACAACACCGCCAGGGAGUUGCAGAAGCGCGUCGAGCAAUUGGAGAAGAUCAACAUCGAUCUGAAGACGCGCUUGGACGAGACCAUUCAGUUGUACGAGCAGAGCCAGCGCGACCUGCGCAACAAGGUCACCGAGCUGCAGCGCGUCGUGCACGAAUUGGACAAGACCCGCGAGCACAAGGACCAAUUGGCCAGGGAGAACAAGAAACUGGCGGACGAUCUCUCCGACGCCAAGAACACCAUCAGCGAGCUCACCAGGAGGCUGCACGAGCUCGACUUGGAGGUCAGGCGGUUGGAGAACGAACGCGAUGAACUCACCGCCGCCUACAAGGAGGCAGAAGCCGGUAGAAAAGCCGAAGAGCAACGCGCUCAACGCCUUUCCGCUGAACUGGCUCAAUUCCGCCACGAAGCCGAGAAGCGCCUUCAUGAAAAAGACGAAGAAAUCGAAGCUAUUCGCAAAGCUACGAGCAUCGAAAUCGAACAGCUCAACGCUCGCGUCGUGGAAGCCGAGACCAGGCUCAAGACCGAGGUGACGCGCAUCAAGAAGAAGCUCCAAAUCCAAAUCACCGAAUUGGAAAUGUCCUUGGACUCGGCCAACAAGCUGAACAUCGACCUCCAGAAGACCAUCAAGAAGCAAUCCUUCCAGCUGACCGAAAUCCAGGCCCACUACGACGAGGUGCAGCGCCAGCUGCAGGUCACCCUCGACCAGCUCAGCGUCUCCCAGAGACGAGUGCAGGCCCUCACCGCCGAAGCCGAGGAAAUCAGGAGCAACUACGAAGGCGCUCUGCGUGGCAAGAGACAAGCGGAGCAAGUCGCCGAAGAAGCUCACACUCGCGUCAACGAACUCACCGUCAUCAACGUCAACCUGGCCUCCUCCAAAUCUAAAAUCGAGCAAGAACUAACCACCGUCGUUGCCGAUUACGAUGAAAUCACCAAAGAGCUCCGCAUAUCCGACGAACGCUACCAGCGCGUACAAGCCGAGCUGAAGCACACCGUCGAAAUCCUCCACGAGGAGCAGGAGCGCGUCGUCAAAAUCGAGGCGAUCAAGAAGAGCUUGGAGAUCGAAGUGAAGAACCUGUCCGUCCGUCUGGAAGAGGUCGAGGCCAACGCCAUCGUCGGCGGCAAGCGCAUCAUCGGCAAGCUGGAGGCGCGCAUCCGCGACAUCGAGGCCGAGCUCGACGAGGAGAAGAGACGCCACGCCGAGACCAUCAAGAUCCUGCGCAAGAAGGAGCGCACCGUCAAGGAGGUGAUGAUCCAGUGCGAGGAGGACCAGAAGAACAUUGCUCUCUUACAGGAAUCCUUAGAUAAGGCUAACGUUAAGAUCACCUUGUUCAAGAGGCAGCUCCAAGAAGUUGAGGGUGUAUCUAGCCAGAGUAUAUCGCGCGUGCGCCGUUUCCAGCGAGAGUUAGAAGCCGCCGAAGAUCGUGCCGAUACUGCCGAAAGCAAUUUGAACCUCAUCCGAGCCAAGCAUCGCACUUUCGUCACCACUAGCACAGUACCUGGGUCCCAAGUCUACUUGGUGCAGGAAUCCCGAACGACCGAGAUAAAUUAAAAGAAUUAAGCGAAAUUAACAACCAUAGUGGGCCGAGGGGAAUGGGCCGAAAUCGGCGUUGCCACAUCGUUACGUUUUGCUUGAAUUUUAGGGAAAUGUUGGUGGAAAUAGAUUAUGUGGCGGCGUCGAUUGGAGCCGGUUUUCCGGGCGGUCGGGGAACUGCAUCGUCAUUUAUCCGAUAAAUUUUCAUUUCUUUUAUUUAUUUUUUUUUGUUUCUUCGUGCACAUAAUUAAAUAAUUAUACAUAUACCUAAUAACGUUUACUACUCUACUACUCUCUUUGAAACAGUUUAAUUUAUUAGUGAAACGCCGAAAACGAAACGUACACAUUUCAUCAUCAAUAAAAAAAAAACAUAAUUUGUUUAAAAAAAAUCGUAAGCGAUUUAUAUAUGUUUGCAAUCGCGCUUGUUCGAUGGAAUAUUAUAAAGAUUACGAAAUCUGUAGGUUUCUUAAUGUUAAUUGUAUACUUAUCAGACGUGUGCUUCCUAGAGGCACAGGGGUUAUUGGAAUGUAAUUUAUAAGUUUUUGAAUGUAACGUGUAAGAAUAAAUUGCUUAUAAAUAAA